ACCGAGCUGAUCUCCUCCAUUUUCAUUCUUUCUUCUGCAAUUCCAUCCUUCUACGCGCGCAUGAUGUGCUGCUUGAAUGCCUCCUCCAUCUCUUAGCAUUGUUUCUCCUUAAUUGUCGCAGAAAUCCUCCAUAUCUCACUCCUUUUUUUAUCCAUUAAUUAUAUCAGAUUUUUUUGCUUUUAUCAUAAAAUUUUUAUGCAUAUAUCAAUAAUUAAAUUUAUUUAAUUUCAUGAACUUCUUCAUUUUUUUAGCUAUGCUGGAUAGAUUAACAACAAGAGCCAGGCAAAAGAAAUGGUCUCCGACUUUGACUGACACUUGUGUACUAUGCAACAAUGACUCAGAGACUAUUGAACAUCUCUUCUUCAAGUGCUAUCACGCAAGAAGGGUCUGGCAAGUUUUGAGCAAUUUGGCAGGUAUUCCAUUUAUGGAUUCUUGGCAAAGGCUUUUAAUGUGGAUGGGAAAGUGGAUACAAAGGAAAUCCUUGUAUUGGACAUUUAUCAAGUUAAUAUGGAGUGCUGCAAUCUACCAUGUUAGGAUGAAAAGGAACAAUAGAAUCCAUCAGCAAGUCUUUAGAACAGAAGAGGCAAUAUGUGAACAAGUGCAAUUUGAUGUGAAACACAGGAUUUUAGGUUUUGCCAAGUUAAAUCGUCAUCUCUACCUGUCUCCAUAGCAAUUAAUUGGGGGAUUGAAGCUUGUGCAAGGAUAAUAUAGAUUAAAUAGUUUCUACAUUUUAUUUUGUAGCAACAACAAAUUGCUGCUUGCUUGUGUAUAUAUAGUUACUGGAUAAAUAAAAUUCACCUUUUAUC